AUGUACACCUACCAGCAGCAGUCAAUGGCGAGUCUGGCGGCGCUGAAUGCAUACACACAAUCGAGUCAGAACGAGUCGGCUUCGCGGAUGGAGGAUGGGCUGGUGAGCAGCCAUCGAUAUCCGACCGGAGUCACAACGGCCGCCUACUGCCUCGGAGGUGGGCAUUCGGUGGCCGAGCCGACGGUUUGGACGCCCGGGCCCAGCUGCCUGCAGGCAGAGACGGACAUGACGACCUGCCAGACGGCCGACCUGUUGACCGCGUUCACGCCGCACGCCGGCGCCACGGCAGCAGCAGCAGCGGCGGCCGCGGCUGCGGCGGCUGCAGCGGCGGCGGCCGCGGCGGCUGCGCGCAUGAACACCUCCCCGAAUAGCUCUUACGCCACCCUUUAUCAUCAGCAGCCGCAUCAGCAGCAGCAGCAACAGCAUCAGCAAGAGGCGAGCCACCACCUGACGCACCACUCUCAUCACCACCACCAGCAUCCGCACCAUCAGCAGGGCCAACACGGGCAUCAGCACAAUCCGCAUCAGCGUCAGGAGCAGAUUUACCGCUGCCUGCAGCAGCAGGAGGCGGCGGCAGUGGCCGCGGCCUCAGGGCCUGUCGGCUGCGGCGAGUCCGGCUGCUGCUCGAGCGAUGAGUCAUCCAGUUCGGCUGCCACUGCCGCAGCAGCGGCGGCCGCCGCCGCGGCUUACGCUGCGGCUGCUGCCGCGUCCAAAUCAGGCGUGGGCGGCGAAGGCCUGUUCGUCGCGUCGAGGCCGCGCGCUGCCUGCGCGUCCGACAAGCCGGGCCAGUUCGGCGUGCUGAUGGUGCAGCAGCACACCGCCUCGUCGUCGCCACCGCCCACCUGCUCUGCGCACGGCGCGCCGCCCACGCGUCUCACUGACAGUCUGUCCGCCGAGGCCACGACCGGCGCGCCCGGCCUCACUCGGCCCAGCCCAGCCUACGGCCUGGGUCAGGCGGUCGGCUACGCGGCCGCUGGCAGCCCUUCCGCCGGCUACCCUUUCGGCCCGGUCAACCCGGCCGCGUACUCGCGCCUCGCCGAGGCCCACUUCGCAGGCCUCUCCGCCGGCCCUCUCGACCAGCCCGUCUGUCCGCUCGGCGUCUGCUCGCGGCCGUCGCGCCCGGCCGCCGACUACCCGCUCGUUUGUCAGUGGCUC